AUGGCAUUGAGUCCGGAAACCAAUCCGGCCAAUCUGUGUCGUGUGACAAUCAAGGAGGAACCUCUGGACGUGGUUGAGAACGAACCGGGUCAACUAGUGCAAGAGACAAAAGUAUUUGCGGAAUGCUUAGAUGUUCCUGUGGUAGCUGAUAAGGUGGAAAAGCCGGCAAAGUUUGAAUGCGAAAAAUGUGGAAUGAAGGCGAAGGUGAUGCACAUGUUGCAUAAACACAUGAAACACAAACAUCGCGAUGAAGUUUUUCCAUGCGAUAAGUGCUAUGAAGCAUUCUUUGACAGAGCUAAACUGGAGGAACACCGUAAGAUACACGACCAUGCCAAGCCGUACAAGUGCCCCAACUGUCCGAAGCGAUUCAAGGUCCGCCGGGAUGUUACGAUACAUGAGAACCACUGCAAGGGUCACACACCCUAUCUGUGCACGGAGUGUGGCAAAGGCUACUCCUACCAUAGCAGCCUGGCGCUACACAUGCUGCGCCACAAGGAGAAGGGUUUUCCUUGUGAGCGCUGUCCGAGCAAGUUUUACACGAAGGGCUCGCUGAAGACUCACAUGAUAUCGUCGCACGCAACUGGGAAGAACGUUUCGUGCGAAACUUGUGGAGCUCGCUUUACGACGAAAGAUACUCUGCAGAGGCAUAUGAUCAGUCAUUCAGAUGAACGCCGCUUUGGCUGCGAAGUAUGCGGUAUGAGGUUCAAGAAGUCUCAAGGUUUACGUCGGCACAUGCUUACCCACACCGGAGAAAAGCCUCACAAGUGUACCCAUUGCGAUCGGGCCUUCUCGCAAAGUAACGAUCUGAUCAAGCACAUCAAAACUCACGUCGGCGACAAACCGUACAAGUGUGAGCAAUGUGCUGCGACGUUUCGUUUGUGUGCCGAGCUAAGGGUCCACUGGGAAGUGCAUUAUAGGAAGCCGCAGGAAGGCGAUCAGAAAGAGCCGGAAGUGACGGGCGGUAGCUAGCACUUCGCUAGCGAAGGAAUCCAGGUAAUGGGUGGACAUGCACCCAUGGUGCUACCGGUCAUUUAAUUGGGACAACACUACCCGAUGUAGAUCUACGAUGACCCAAACAUGUUCAACAAAUCUUUUUCUGCCGUGUGCAGCAUAGAUGUCUCAUGCUCUAACAUGGAACAACUAUGCUGCACACGGCUGUUUUGAGGUUCUGAAAAAAGCAAAGGAGAAAAUUAAAGUGAUGAUCAUUUGAACAAUUCUUGUUAAUCAGUAGCGUUGAAUAGUCACAUCCCAAUGUAACCAUAGUAAGAAGUUUGCAGCAGAUGUUUGAACUUUCUGAGCAGCUUCUUGUUAGGAAGGUGAACUAGAUAAUGUAUAAUAAUGCAGUCGGCAAA